GGCGCUCACGUGCGGCGGGGCGGGAGGGGCGGUUUCCGGAAGCGCUCGGCGGAGGUUGCGGGCGGUGCCGAGCCGGGCCGAGCUGCGGGCGCGCGCGGGAUGGAGGUGAUCAGAAGCAAUUUUAAGGAUAACCUGAACAAAGUGUAUGAAGCUAUCGAGGAGUCGGACUUCCUGGCCAUCGAUGGGGAGUUUUCAGGGAUCAGUGAUGGGCCUUCUGUUAGUGCAUUAACCAAUGGCUUUGACACUCCAGAAGAAAGGUAUCAGAAACUUAAAAAGCAUUCCAUGGAUUUUUUGCUCUUUCAGUUUGGCCUUUGCACUUUUAAAUAUGAUCACACAGAAGAAAAGUAUGUAAUGAAGUCAUUUAAUUUCUAUAUUUUUCCAAAACCCUUUAACAGAAGUUCACCAGAUGUCAAGUUUGUCUGUCAGAGUUCAAGUAUAGAUUUUUUAGCAAACCAAGGAUUUGAUUUUAAUAAAGUUUUUCGCAACGGAAUUCCAUAUUUAAAUCAGGAAGAAGAAAGACAGCUAAGGGAACAGUAUGAUGAAAAACGUUCUCAGGCCAAUGGUGCAGGAUCUCUGUCAUACGUUUCUCCUAAUGCCGCAAAGUGUCCUGUAACAAUUCCCGAAGAUCAGAAAAAAUUCAUUGAGAAAGUAGUGGAACAGAUAGAAGACUUAUUAAAGAAUGAAGAAAAUGAAAGUUUGGAACUGGAGCCAUGCACAGGAUUUCAGAGGAAAUUAAUUUAUCAGACCUUGAGCUGGAAGUAUCCAAAAGGUAUCCAUGUUGAAACUCUGGAGUCAGAUAAGAAGGAGAGAUAUAUUGUUAUUAGCAAGGUAAACGAAGAAGAACGAAAAAGAAGAGAACAGCAGAAACAAGCAAAAGAACAGGAAGAAUUGAAUGAUGCGGUAGGAUUUUCCAGAGUAGUUCAUGCCAUUGCUAAUUCUGGCAAGCUUGUUAUUGGGCACAAUAUGCUACUGGAUGUUAUGCAUACCAUACACCAGUUCUAUUGUCCCCUACCUGAUGACCUAAGUGAGUUCAAGGAGGUAACAUCAUGUGUCUUUCCCCGGCUAUUGGAUACUAAACUGAUGGCAAGUACACAACCUUUUAAGGAGAUCAUUAAUAAUACAUCCCUUGCGGAACUGGAAAAGCGUUUGAAAGAGGUUCCAUUCAGCCCUCCUAAAGUUGAAAGUGCAGAAGGGUUUCCAAGUUACGAUACAGCUUCUGAACAACUUCACGAAGCAGGAUAUGAUGCUUACAUUACUGGACUGUGCUUUAUCUCCAUGGCUAAUUUCCUAGGUUCCUUCCUCAGUCCUCCGAAAAACCAUGUGUCUGCUAGAUCAAAACUCAUUGAACCUUUUUUUAACAAGCUCUUUCUUAUGAGAGUUAUGGACAUACCAUAUCUCAAUUUGGAAGGACCAGACUUGCAGCCAAAACGAGAUCAUGUUCUUCAUGUUACUUUUCCCAAAGAGUGGAAAACUAGUGACCUUUACCAGCUUUUCAGUGCCUUUGGUAACAUUCAGGUUUCAUGGAUUGAUGAUACAUCAGCAUUUGUAUCGUUGAGUCAGCCAGAACAAGUACAAAUAGCAACUACAUAUUGUGGGAAAGAACUGAAUGUCUGCAGAACAUUUAAACUGAAUCUUUCUGGCACUGCUCUGUGUGUGUCUUUUUUUUUUACGCUUUCACAAACAGGGAGGCUUGUUCUGUGGCCUGCAUGCUAGAAAACAAGUUAUUUGUUUGAAAGCUCAGGUGAUUAUUGUCGUUCAUAGAUUUUUUUAUGAAAUCAGGUUAGUAAAAUCUCAUAUACUGAAAGCAGUCAGCCAACCAAGCUGAUAAACUAUAGCAACCUCAAUUACCAAAAAGCUGUGCGAUUUUUACUGUAAAAUCGCUUAAAGCUCUUGGGUUUUUUUUCCUGUAAUAAAUACAUCAUAAAAUCAAUUCUGUUAUUCUAUUUCCUGAUCUUAAAUUCUUUAAUGAACUGCUCUGGCAAUAGAAGUCACUGUUUGUACUUGUGAUUUACUGAGUUGCAUUUAAGUGAAGAACCUAGGAAAAACUAAUUAUGUGGCCUGUUUUUUAACCUGUUUAUAUAAAUAUGUCUGCAUCUUCUGGACUAUAUAAAAAGCCUUGGAGAACUGUCAAACAACCUGCAUGGACUUUUAACUGAUUCUAGGUCUACCAAAUCUUUUUUAAAUUCAGUUCGGAUCUGGGAGGUGUCUUUAUUUUUCAGUUGCAGCAGUGACUCAAAUACUGAAUAUUUGGCUGAACUAAUACAAAGUUAUAGAAUUGAAGAGCAGAUCAUUUAAGGACUGAUCUGCAGUCAUCCCUUGAUGUACAUACUCAGGAUAACCAGUUGAUGAAUCUGGCUUGUUUCUUAAAAACUUUUCUCCAAUGUCUUUUUAUUUUGUUCAACUUUAUAGGUGUUAAAACAGAAUUUGAAUCAUCAUUUGUCCAUAUUUCUAGUUUUGUGUAACGGUAUCUAAGGUUUGUAUUGAAAUUGUGAUAAUCUUGUGUCCUAAAUACAGUUUAAUUUUUUUCCAUGCAGCUUUGAAAACUUUGAAAAGCUUUGCUUUUACUUUAAGA